AUGUUAAUCAAGCACAGCAGAAGAAAGCAGUCUGUCAAGAUCAUGGAUCCCGACUGUGCCAUUUGCAGCCAGCCGGCUCUGGCUCAAUGCGAGUGUGAGGCCAAGGGUCUUGAUAUUGCUGUGCGGCAGGCCGAGCAGAGGAUGAUGACGAGUGUGUUUAAUGAUAUACGCGCCUGGGUCCGCGGUCAUGCCCAGGACUACAUCCUCUCCUACUUCAGCAUGCUCACAGCUCGGCGGAAAGACCUCCACGCCUCUACUAUCCACCGCGUCACCGAGCGCGCAGCCUAUUACUACCGCGCCCGUCCCCACCCGUCCGAGAUCGCGGCCGCAGACCUAGAACUCAAACGCGGCAUCGACGAGGACUGGAAGGCUUCCGUGCAGCGAUACCCUGAAGUUUUGGAAUAUUUUUACGGAUUGGUGGAUCUAAACCUGCCAGGAGACGAUGACCCAGGGGUGAGGGAUCCGCCGAUGAGUGCUCUCGGUGGUGUAGGCAUGGGAAGGGAGAGGGGCAGGAAAGUCAGACUGCGGGAACCGAGUGAGAUCGAGGAAAGGAGGACGGAGGAUAGGAGACGGCGGAGGAGGAGUAGAGGGGAGAGAGAUGGGUUAAUGGAGAGUAGGGAGAGGGUUAUGAGGGUCCCAGCGCCACCUACUGCUAUUGGGGAACGAGAUGGGGGGAGAGCACGGCCGGGCCCCAUUUACGCGCCGCCGCAUGUGGCUGGAUAUGGCUAUGUGUAG